AUGGUUCAGUACGACGUGACGUGUUCGAGCAAGCAGCUGAAGGUGGCGGUGUUCGUGAACAACUCGGAGUCCGUCGUGUACCUGGAAAAGCUGAAGGGGUAUCCAGGCUGUCAACCGGAGCUGUCCCCGGGCAAGGCUCUCUUCCGCCUGCCCCUGGACAAUAUUUACACGUGCGGCACCACGCGGAUGCACAACAAGAUCACCGGCCAGAGGAUCUUCUACCACAGGGUGAUGAUCGAGACGCCCGGAGAGGAAACGGAAGUGAUCCUGGCGAAGUGCGUGCUUCCGGGCGGCUUCAACCAGACCUCAACUUCCGGCAGCCGCUCGCGGAGGCAAUCGCUGCCCUUCGACCUCAUCGAGCCCGAGCACCUGAACAUCACCGAGUACAUCGAGGCCCGAGCCCCGGUGCCGUACCUGGACGUGGCCAUCCGGCAGAACGGACGGGUCUUGGACACCACGCUCAACGUGCAGCCGGGGACCCCGCUCGAGAUGCUCGUCUUCCUGGACCCCAAGAGCAGAGAUACCUACGGCAUUCUCACCAGUUACCUCAAGGUGACCGACAGCUCUUCUAACCAAGAGGAAAUCAUCGUCAUGAACGGGUGCUCCAUCGACCCCUACAUCUUUGGAAACUUCGAGACGCUGGACGGCGGCGACACGUUGUCCGCCAAGUUCCGGGCCUUCAAGUUUCCGGAAUCAAACUACGUGCUCUUCGUGGGCACCGUUAAUAUCUGCAUCAAGGAGUGCAAAGGGGUUCCGUGCGGAAACGACCAGUACGGCUAUGGGCGCAGAAAGCGGGCGAUACCGCCGCAGCUGCCCAACGAUCCCAACAAAGUGUUCGAGGUGGAGCUGACCACCUUCCUCAAAGUGGAGUACAGGGACGAGCUUUUCACGCUUAAGAAAGGCUCCAUAUCCGGAGAGUUCGACACUCGGCACGCGAACCAGCUUCCGCUGAAGCAAGCGGCUACCAUCGACGGCGACCCGUCCUUCCUGCUCGAGACCAGUGCGGCGCCGAACCUCCAGGCCCAGUUGUCCAGCGCGCUCCUUGUGGUUGCUAUGGUAGCGCGAAGGGUCCUCUGAACGCGCUCAGUCCGUGGUCCACGGUGCCGCUCAAGGACUGCCAUCUGGUUGAGCGAGUUGAGAGACUCUCACCAAAAACGCCACCCUGGCAAGCCGGAAAAAAGAUAGGAAAAAGAAAAAAAGAAGCAUCGUCUUUUUGGCAUUUAGCCCUCAUGACCAGGAGAGAGAAAUUCGCUUCUGCGAGUGACUUCGUGCUGGACCGUUUACGCACAAUGUUGACGACUCAUGUUGACCGAUUUUGGAUUUUAUGUUUUUGAUUUGCGUUAGAGUGCAGUUGGCUACUCACUGUCGGUUAUCUCCGAGUCUACGCCGCACCGCGACGAACUCGGAGAAACAAAUUGUUGCUUUCCAAUUAAUCAGUUUAGCAACUGAGAAGCGAACGUUAUCCAGUGUCCAAACGUGGCGGAAGCCACUUCGCACUGAGAGUGAUUGACUUUCGAAAAUUGAUACCGUUCGCCUUUUUCAUUGGCUAAGCAAACUAAAGAAAACCAAUACUUUGCGUUCCCCGAGUGCUUUUUGAGGCAGCCUACGUGAAAGCAUUUCCAAGAGAGAAUACAAUUCCUCUUGAGGAGACCAAACAAACCAAAACCGCCAGCGUUUUUUUUGUUUGUUUUUUUGUAUUGUAGAAGGGUUUAUCGCACAUUAGAUUAACGCAUCCUUCUAUUCUCCCACCUGAAGGAAUCAUUAUCAAAAAGUCUGCAUCAACCUCGGGAUUGGGAUAGUCCGGGAAAAGCCGGGGCUAUUCGAAUGCGAUACAAGUUCUUAGUGUUACAACUAAAGAAAAAAAGAAAUAAUUUCCGUUGGCGUUGAUGUUGGAAGUUAUGUUUAUUGCAACCUGCAUUUUGGGCCUAGGGAAUAUUUAAUUCUAUCUCAUAGUUAAAAUUUUGCUGGCGAUAGCUACAAAUACCUUCCUUCGGCGCGUCAUGGUACUUUACAUUUUCCGUGCAGGGUUCACCCAUGGGUCAUCAAGAUUAUUGAAUAAUUCACUCCGUAUAUUGUCAAUAUUUGGGCGUCACGAAAAAAAAGAAGCUUGACCUUGCAAAAAAAAGGUGACGACACAAAAUACUAUCAGCAUAAUGAUCGGGUGGCUUGAUAAGAUCACUUUUAAUUGUCGCCUGAACACGGAAAGGUAUAUAACGUGCUCACGUGGAACAUGAUAGCCGCUGUUUAGACUCAAUUGUGUUUGUCGCAUGGUCACUCUUAGCCGGUGACGAGUUUUCUCGCGGGUUAAACAGGUGGUGAUCGAGUUUUCAUGGUUUAUAUGGAAGUACAUCUUUAUUUGGUGUAAUGGGGCUAUGCUGUGUGCUUAGUGUUAUUGCAGUAUUUCUUGCUGGUAAGCUGGUAAUUUAUUUACCUUAAUUGGCUAACCAUCGGAAAAUGAGCAAUUGAAAAAAAAAAAACGCGUUGAUUAAAUAAAACGACUGCUAAGCAUAGACGAGCAAGAACGGCUGAGGAGUGUCGCGUGUAUGUAAUUAUGGAACCAAGUUUACAGGUUUUGGCCCGGUUCAUAAUUCCAAGAACGCUCCACCUCAAAACCAUACGUACUAAAUACAUUACCUGUUUUGGUUUCCACAAGCGGGACAGAAAUAUUAAUAUUUUACGGUUGUUUACGAGAUGGUUGGAGGGUUUGUUUGUGGCGUUUCUAUAUUUAGCACAACAAGACAGAGAAUUAACGUGCUAAGGUUAUUUGAAAACCCUCAUGGAUUACGCAGGUCAAUAAUCAAAGUAUCACGCUAGUACUGAUAGAAUAGGGGAGUGCUGUGACUGGCCCCACAUUCUUGGAGGUUGUAGAGCUACGCUUCUCGAAAACUGGUGGGCUUUGCUGUUGUUGAUUUGUUUGUCGAUUCCGUUAUGCCAUCGUUGUGACCUCGCGUUUCCGGAGAUGGUCAAUUUUAUUCACUACGCACGUUUAAAAACGAGGCUUUUGAUCGACAAUAAUCUGUCGCAUUGUCGUUCAGCAUUCAAAAUAUCGAAUAUCCCGCAUGUAAGCCCCCUGCGCUGUGAACCGCUGCGCGCUGGCUCCCAAAUUUCUGCGAUAUCAUGGAGUGAAUGCGCGUUCGCUAGUGGACCCCCACCGAGAACGGCGCUUGUCUCGCCUUUGCACGGUGCGCGUCCACGCCAAGCGUAUAAGCGAACCGGAGCUCCCCGCAAGCCUUCCCCUGUUUUAGGACACCCCCCUUAAGUAGCAACUGGCUCGGUUGACACAACCGAGAGGAUCAUGCAAAGACGAACGCGUGUCCAUCUUCGGUACAACAUUUCCCUGAGGAACGUUUUUUUUUUUUAUUUCUUAGCGUAGUUUUUGAGCACAGACUACUUCCAACACGCGAUUUCGUUGGUAACAAACUGCUUUUAUAGUCAUAUCGCCGUCUUCGUUCGGUAGCAGUGCGCACGAUUGCUGUCGAACGAGAACUUGCGAUACUCCAGAUCGUUUCGUGGCCCACCCGCCGCGAGCUGACGAUGGCAGCUACGUAUUUUUAACAGAGUAACGUCCUAAUAUGUGGUCUGUGUCUCGUGAUUACUUUCUUCCAGAGUUUGUUUUGUCUGUAUCCGCGUGGCUCAUUAGGGAGUUUUAAUAGAUCGUUUCGGCAUUCUACUAACGAUAUCCGAUACCGCACCGAUUUCAUCGAUCCUGAGCGGGGAGACGUGGGCGAGCGAUACUUCUCGGCAGCACCGUGUCUUGAUGUCGGAACUAUCGGGAGACUGCUGUGGAUUGUGGAAGCUUUGCCGACUCCAGCUGACGCUUGACUGUAGCUUGCAUUUCCAUAUAUUUUCUAAAAGGACAAUCUUGCAGAAGCAUUUGAUCACGUAUCUUGUUUUCGUCGUGUCUCCAGUGAGAUCAUUUACAUUAGACAUUGGAAACAUUUUAGAUUCUUCCUAGACGUAUGCGUAUUUGACACAUGUUUUUCUGGUUGGGUGAAAAUUAGAAUAACAGAGACUUCCAACCACUCCCUAAAUGUGAAAGGACCCAGCGUUUCGAAACCGACGAAGUUAGAAAAUAUUGGUGCCGCUACUGAACGUUCAUACUCCUUACUAGAACCACUAAAUAAUGUACGCUAUAAAGUAUUGAUACUUCAUCUCCAGAUUUUCUGUUGGGCGCCGCCGUUUUGUUUUCUAGUGCACACUGGGUGUUUUAAGCGAUCAUUGCGAGUAAAUGGCUGCUACUUCUUGUGCUUCACAUGCGGUGUCGCGUAGGUCAGGCGACACCAUCCUGCUGUGUUGCAGACUGUUUUACAUUUCUCGAGGACAGAAAAGCGUUUCUUUCAAUUGGAGCAAUUCCAGAUCAAUCUUCAGAUAACCGGAAACAAUGGUUUUAAUCAACAAGGCGGCUGUUACUCUGGAACGUGGCUUAUUCGGUGGUUCUAGCCACGGCCCUAGAAAAGAGAAGGGAAGCCCUCAACUCUCAAAAAGAAACCGAGUUGGUUUCGAAACGUUUGCCCCUCUCAUAUCCAGGGAUUGGUUGAAAGUGUAUCUUAUCACACGAUAGAUUGCUCUUUAUUGUUUCGGGAACAGUCGUUAUGUCUCCACCAGGGUUUGCUGCCCGGCGUAUCAGCGAAAUAUAUAGAUAUAUUGUUUCGUUUUGAUAUUGGGUAUUUUUAUCAGGGUGCAAACGUCAUCUACUAAACUUCCCUAUUUUGUGGGUCCCAACGUUGAUUUCGUUCUCGUCUUAAGCACUUUUUUUUUAUUUUCCGAGUCAUCCACAUGGUGCGUAUGUGUGUACAAAUACAGGCAAAGACAUUGUACAGUUUUUGUAUAACGCUCAAACGUGGUGCCGCCGAAGCUGUUUUUACGGCGUACCUCUUGCACCACGAUAAUUUCGUAAACCUGUCAUGGUACCGAGGUUCCGUUUCCAGAGCGCGUGUUUCUUGAUUCCUAAAGAAAGGUCAAAGUUUCUGAAUCCUUCGCGCUUUCGAAGUUUAAAGAAAAACGUUUUUUUUUUAAGGAACGCGUUUUGCGGACGAAUGAUGCAACCAUUGUCUCAAAGACGCCACGACUGCCCGUAUGCACUGUCUUCAGCAUACCUCGGGCGCGUACUGAGUAAGAGGCAUUUUAAGGUCCUGGUUGGAUCGAUACUCCACGAAACAGUUUCGUAAAGCUCGAGUUUCAUUUUAUGGUUUUUGAAUGGCGAAAUUCUUUCACCAAGUUCUAUAAUAUUUAUUAGAACGCUCGACAGCUAUAUUAUUCUAGCUGAGCGCAACUGCUCUCAAAGUUCUUCUUUGGAAUGCGAGUUUUGCAAGUGACAUGUGGUCCAAUCGGCCCGUAAUUGAAAUCAGCGAAGUUCGAACUUAAAAACGUCUCGACAAGUAGAGUGCUGUUGACUUCGGCACACGCGGAAUAGCACGGAGGAGACAGUUCCCACGUGCGCGUGCAACUGAGCAUUCCUCUCGUUGAAACGGCCUCACAUCUUCCAUUGCUCUAUUUGCUCCAAGCAAGCCUGUAGCGCGAUUCACAGCUUGUGUGGUUUCAUUGAAUGGGACCUGUGCGUGCUGAUGAUGAGGUGCUGCUUGCAUUGCUGUUCGAGGUGUUUUGAACUGUGCUUCGCUGGCAGUCAUAAUCUGCCGAAAAGAGACACAAGCAGUUAUAAUUCAUGGAAAGGAAAUCGCGUUUAGACAAGCGAU